CUCUCUCUCUCUCUCUCUCUGUUAGCGGGAGCAUGUGCUUGACAUGCUAGUGGACACUUUUAACCCUCUCCUCAGAAUAACUGAUGCACGGGCAGCUGUCUCUUCCUCUCUCCUCUCCCCCACUCUCUGUGUGUGUGUGUCUCUCUCUCUCUUUCUAAACUCACUCACUUUUUAACUCCUCUACUCAGCUCACUUUCUCCCAUACUUCUUUCUUCACAGUAGGUCUAUUCAUUUCUUUGCCCUCCUCUCCCUCUCUCUCCCUCUCUCCUCCCUCCCUCUCCCUCUCUCUCACACUCUCUCUCCCUCUCUUUCAUAAAGAACAGUCCACUGGAGGCACUUGUGUAAGCGUAGCCAGUGAGAGCGCACGACACCAGCGCACCGUUCUCUCUCUUUCUCCAGCACCACGCUGCUCACCGGACGGUACGGCCAGGAGAAGCCGCAACCUAAACGCCACAAACCAACUAAACAAACGAAUCGCUUGGAUUUUAACUUUAAGGUGCCAGUGGAACAACAAGAAGAAAAACCACCUGGAGAAGUUUUUCUGUACAGGACAGCAGGAAAGGGAGGGAUUGGAGAGAGUUAACAGACCGGAGAGAGAGAGAGAGAGAGUGUGUGUGUGUGUGUGAGAGAGAGAGAGAGAGACUGAGAGAGAAAGAGAGUGUGUGUGUGUAAAGAGAGCACGAGGUAGAGGAGGAGGAAGAGGAACGAUGCCGGGUGCUGUGGACACUCGACGGCCGCUCCUGCUGCCCUGUACGUUUGCGUUGCUGCUGCUACUUCUGUGUGCUGCUGAGGGACGGACCCGGCGCCUCAGGAAGAGAGGACUCAACCAGAAGGACUAUGAGUAUCCGAGCCAGUCCCAAUCCACUCAGUACCAAAAGAAUGACAGGUGCCCGCCACCACCACAGAUGCUGCCGGAGCUGGCGUGCGAGGUGCCCGGCUGCCGCUCGGACUCCGAAUGCGAGCGCCACAAGCGCUGCUGCUAUAACGGCUGCAUCUAUGCGUGCUUAGAGUCUGUGCAGCCGCCACCAGUGUUGGACUGGCUAGUGCAACCCAAACCUCGCUGGCUGGGAGGCAAUGGAUGGUUGCUGGACGGACCAGAGGAAGUUCUGCAGGCGGAGGCCUGCAGCACCACAGAGGACGGCGAUGAGCCCCUUCACUGCCCCACGGGGUACGAGUGCCACAUCAUCAACUCUGGCAACCCAGCCGCAGGCAUCCCCAACCGGGGCCAAUGCAUCAAGCAGCGAGGCAACUCAGAUGGACGCAGCCUAAGACACAAGCAUUUCAAAGAUUACAAGGACUACUUAGGGAGCAACUCCAAUAAUGCAGUGGCCUAUGAGAAGCAUCACCACAAACACCUGGGUUAAGGUGAGGUGACACAGCUAUGCAGUUUAAGUUCUGUUCCAGGGUUCUGCAUUCCUCCAAGUGGACUUCAGGCUCCUUCUCCUCAGAGCCACCACAUGCCAAACAUCCUACCCGCUCGACAGCAUCAAGCAGCCCAGGCCUGCUCUCUCAUUCUGGUACUGACCACAUCUCCUCCGUCUGACCUCAAGUUACUGGACACAACAACCAACAAUUCAACAUCUGCUACCUCUUCAAUAGCCAAAUAAUUAAAAAAAAAAAAAGCCGAAAACGAAACAAAAAGAACACAUAAAGUCCAACAGUAUGGGCCACUGCUGAAACCAAAGUUUCAGUACCACACACACUCAGAGCAGCAAACUUCAGAGACAGACAGAUCGCAACAUGAUAGAAAGUUGUCAGUUUAGACUUGGGAAAUGUAAAAUACACAAAAGCACCUUUUCCCUGAUCCUCAACCCUAGCUGUAAACCAGGAACACGUGUGUCGGUUAACACACGUUAAACAGGCAGGCUCUACACAACUCCAAAGACCAGUAUUCCUCCAUUCACAUAAUCACACUGUAAAAGAGACGCACACACACACACACGCUGCCCUGGACCAGUGUGUGAGUGGGUCAGCAAGAAAUGAGGACCAUGUGGCAUUUCUCACUUCUUUGCAAGACCUCCUGGGUCACAGGAUGAAGAGUGACACACACACACACAGAGGAAUUUAGGAAAACGACUUUGGACAACUGUGAGGUCCAGAUCCACAGAGACGCCAGAGGUUAACCUGUAGCACAAACACACACACACUCACCUCUGACACCAUCAUAGGCCCUUUCAGAGAGCCAGUCUGAAAUCCUCUCUUUCAUCUUAACAUUAAAAGGGCAAAAAGAUUUAAAAACAAAACACCUCUAAAUUAUAACCUACCACCUAUAAAUCUGACUUUUUCAUUUUUUAAGUAAUUAAAACUAAUUUGUAUCCACCAAACAAUUUUCAUCGCUCUCCUGUAUCAUGGUGCUAAGGUAAACAGUAGAUUGAUAAGCUCACAGGACAUAGCUCAUGUCGGGUGCAGAGGCUCAUCUCUAUAAGCUAUCUCAGGCUCUAAGCUUACUGGGGCUUCUCUCUCUCUCUGAGAUGACCCACGCACAGGCUGCAAGGAGCGGCUCCGCCCUCUACGAGACCCGUCGCUACUCUGGUGCUGCAUCUGGACAAUACUUACUCCAAAUCGAAUAACGGAACGAAUGCUAAACUAUGUGGUUCAUUGUUACAGACAGGAAUUUACAAUAAAAGUACUGAAUUUAUUUACA